CGAUGCGGCAAUGCCGCCCGCUGUUGUCAGUCAGUAGUGUUUAGUGCCCCAAGAUGGCUGCCAGUGAUGAUGAACCUAUGCAACAUUUGUACGAGGUUUUCACGACUUGUUUUAAUAAAAUAGCGAACAAGGCACCUGAAAAACCGGGGUUUCAACCGCCUUACAUAGAUAACGGAAUGCCGUACGCGUUAAGUCCGACGGGGCCGGUAUACGCGGGCCCGGGGGCGAGCCCGACGCAGGCCGCGGGCGAGCCCUUCGCGGCCGACAGCCCCUAUUUCCCGUUUGGCGCGCGACCCAGCAGCCGCCUCUCCCCUGCGAAAGCGGCCAAGUUGACCCCCGCCCCGGCCGUCGCGCCCGCGAUCCGGGUGGCCGCCACCGCGAAAGAGGAACCGCAGCAGCCCCCCGGGGCAGCUACGACCCUCGACGGCCAGCAGUGGACAGCGGUGUAUGGCUCCGAUGAGUUCGCUCACGAGUCUCCCCGGUACACAUCUCCGGGCGCCAACUCGGGGUACUACAUUGGCACGGCCGACAGCGCCCCCAAUUCGGUGGGGGGCGACUGGCCCCCAUAUGGGAUCAGUUACCAGACGUACGAAGCCUACGGGUUGGUUCCCGAGCCGGACACGGGCGGCGCCCAAGGUUUGCCCCCCAUGUCGUCUCUUCGGCCAAAUGGUGCCACCACCACCACCAUAGCGGGCCCCAACGGACCGGGGGGAACCGCGGGCGGUUUCGGUCCUAACGGUCACCCCGCCGGGGAUGUCGUCAGCAAAGGACUCGGUUCGAUAUACCCGGCGGCAGAGCAAGCUAGCGCCAGUAGCUACAGUUCGGCACCCUCAACACCGGUGAGUUCGCCCCCGCCGCUGGCCCCGACGGCUUGGCUCACCAACACCCCCCACCUCACUGCUACUCCUCAUUCCCCACACUACACGCAAGCGGUUGCGGUGAGCAACUCCGCCCCACAAACCAUACACAUGCCUCCUGCCCCCGAAGCACAACGCUUAGACGAUGCGAUCGGCUUCCUACGGAAUCACGCUGAGGCAACGACGGGUGCUCGGAUGGAAGAAAGACUGGACGAUGCGAUCAACGUGCUAAGGAAUCACGCGGAGUCACAAAUAGGGUUGGGUCAACUUCCGAACAGCUUGGCCCCCCAUCAGAUGACGCAGCUGGGUUACGCCGGCGCACCUCCGCAAUCGGACAGUCACCUAACGGACUCUGUAAAAGUGGAGAGGACCACGUACAACACGAAGAAACGAAAGGAGCCGCCAGAUAGCGAUACCAAGCCUUCUAGUUCGGUCGACGGGUUGGUUCAGCCGAACUCGACUAGUGGACCACCAACCAAAACAACUAAACGGUCGAGACGAUAUUGUUCAAGCAACGCAGACGAUGAUGAAAUCGAAGACCCCAGCAACAAGGCCGUACGCGAAAAAGAGCGUAGGCAAGCCAAUAACGUUCGUGAACGUUGUUCCAGUGCGGACGAAACGGAGGAGGGGGAUUUAGACCCGGAUGUCAAAGCGCAGCGCGAAAAAGAGAGGCGGCAAGCUAAUAAUGCCCGGGAAAGGAUACGUAUUCGCGACAUAAAUGAAGCCCUUAAAGAACUGGGGCGAAUGUGCAUGGCGCACUUGAAGACGGACAAACCGCAGACGAAACUAGGUAUCCUUAAUAUGGCAGUGGAGGUGAUAAUGACCCUCGAACAGCAGGUGCGAGAGAGGAAUCUGAACCCAAAAGCUGCUUGUCUCAAGCGGAGAGAGGAAGAGAAAGCGGAGGACGGGCCAAAAUUGGGACCCACGCCACACCAUAUGCUCCCCGCAUCCCACUAUCCCGCAUUACCUGUCUCUUUCCAGGGCGCGCCGACCACCUUGCCACACAGCGGCCCUCCCGGUCAGCCGCAAUAGCAUUGCUAGUACCGCCACCUGUACAUAUAAACAACAUUGAAAACACACUCGUACAAAAAGGCAUUGUCGUCGUCACAUUCAUCGUCACGUAUAAACGCGUCAUUAUAUUUUUUUAAGGAUAGCAAAGCGGUUAAUGUUGUUUCAAAUUAUGCGGUUUCUUCUUCACCGGGCCCGAUUUUUCUAAAUAUAUUGUUGCCGUAAAAAACAAAUUGUCCCAGUGAUUAGAGGGUCGGGCAUUUUCUCCCUCUCCCCCCCCGGACAAUAUUCGGCUUGUGGUUCGAGAAACGCGCCAAGUAUUAUUUAUGUAAAUGUUAUUUAUGUAAUAUUAAUAAUGUGUCGAUGUGCCAAAUUCGCCCAAGCAAAUACUCUGUUUCAACACGCACUAUCCGUUUAGGUCUAGUAUUCUGCUCAUCAUUAUUUUUUUUAAAGCUUUUAAUCGAAGUAUUACUCUUGAUCUCUCGUUCAUUUGCCAUUUGCUAAUAUGACAAGACGAUGCGUAUUAUUAAUAAUUUUUCCUAAGUAGUUUUUUUUUAGUUUCAAUUGAAUUGAUUGAUUGAUUGAUCCGCCGGCCCUAAAAUCCGGUUGUGUAGUCAUCUAAUUCUUGAUGGGAAGGAAAUACAGCCGAAUUUUAUAUACAAAAAAAGUUAUUGAAGUUAUAACACUUUAUUUAAUUUUGGAACAUCCUUUACAAACGUUCAUCUUUAAAUCGUUUUCCUAGAAACGGAUAUUCUUUUUCAUUUUUUUUUUGUGAGCGUUCAGUUCUUCCAAUCAUAUUUUAUGUUGUCAUCUGAUGACUUGAAAAAGUCAUAUGGUCAUAUGAUUACGAUUGUGACAGAAAACUUCACCUGGUGGCAAGGUAAGCAAUCGUAAUCGCGUCACACAUAGCAAGAAUGAUGAGAAUGCUGUAUACUUUCAUUGCAGAGAUGGGGCAAAUAGCAUUUUCGUAAAAUAGUAAUCACUUUGAUUAUGGUUAAUGUAGGCUCAUCUAGGACUGUUCGUUUCCCUAAUACCGUACUUCGUUACUAGGACAUACGAUAUUACUGUUACAUUAAUUAAAGAAAAUAGUAUUUCAUUCCUUGGACAGUAAAGUGCCGUCCGAUUCCCGUUUACCGUUUUUAUUUUUAUUUUGGAAUUUGUGGUAAAAAACAUGCGACUACACAUCCGGAACAAAUUUGAGCCCUUCCUCUUCAUGGUCCUCAUGGUAGAGAAUUAAAAGUCCUUAUUGUGACAACGCAUCAAUUUUUUACCGUGUAAUUGUGGUCUCAGCGUUUGAGAUCGACGGUGUAUGGUGUCGCUCAAUUUAUGAUUAAAUUAUUUAUUUUCAAAACGGUGCCAUUUCUUUUAUAAUUUUAUUUUUUUACAUGUAUGUGAUAAGCGAUUUAUUUUUUAAAUAUUUGUAAUGCGCGGCGUCUCGAACCACUCGCACCUAAGCACAUAUGUACAUAACACGAUUAUGUUGGCCUCCACGGAACGACUAGAAUGGUCGCUUAUAUAUUUUGCUCGAUUACCACAAUUUUUAAAAAUGUUACUCUUGUAAAUAUUGCGUAGGUUAUUAUGAGAAUUGUUGCCAACAUAAUCGCGUUGUCAGUAUCGACGAGCCAGUAUUUUUGUAUAUGAUUAAACGGGAGUUACUUAUUUUGUAAAUAUCGCGGAAUUUUUUCACCUUUUAAAUAGGCAAAUGUACUUUUUCCUUGUUUCCAAGACGUAGGUUAUUCCCCCCUUACCCAUUUUCUGUUUUAACUACGCCCCUUGCUAAUUUAUUUCGUGCGAUAAUUUAUAGAUUUUAGGUGUUUUUUUUAUUAAUUAAUCUUAUUAAUAUAAUGUAAUGUUUCAAACAAAGCUGUAAUUUUUUUGCUUUUGAUUUCUGUUGCCUGUGCAAGUUGAAAAGAGUCUAAUUUUGUCACAAUUAUUAUUAUAUACGGGGUGAUAUUCUUGGUGAACACUAAAUACUGGGCGAUUUAGGAAACUUUGUUACCACUGCUAAUUAAAAUUAUUGGUAUAUGGUUUUUCUCCGAAAAAAAUCCGUAUGGCUGACCCAGAACUAAACAAUAAGCCUUAAUUUGAGUUUACGUAAGUGUAAUCUUUGCUUAGGUAUAGCUACAUACAUAUAUUUUUUUAGAUAAUCAUGUAACACCCAAUGUAACGUUUUAUUUUUAGAUUUGUAGCGUUUUAUAUUUUGUUUUUCAGUUGUUGAUAGAUGUUGCUUCGACUGUCGCUUCAUAUUGAAGAUUCCGGUCGAUGCUGUUGACGUCCAUUUUGUUGUACGAAUGAAAACUUUGACGUUGAGUUCUUUUCCAUGCAAUAAUUCAUUAGUUAAUUCGAUACGUUUAAGUUUCAUUCCAGCGGCAGCCAUUUUUUUUUCUUUUUAUUUCGAAUGAAAACGGCAGCGAAAACUGAUGGAUAUGUGCGUCGAAAUAUUCAACGAAAUAAUUGACGAGUAUUUCUUUGAAUAUUUUCCGCGUCUCGCCCUAUUAUCGGUCCAUUUUUUUUUUUGGAUUCCAACUAUUGUUGUCCUACGAGUCGAGUCGUGUUGCGUUAUAUAUAUUUUUGUAGUUAAUCCAACAUUCGAUUAGUGGGGGCUCGUAAAAAUAGAGGCAGCAAAUAAAAAAAAAAUUGCUUGAUUAAAAACCUUAACAUGCGUAUAAACGUUUUAAGGCGAACGCGUUUAAUUUUUGAGUACAUAAAUAAAUAAAAACGAGUAUAUGAGUAAGAUGGUCAGAACAAUGCGUGUUGAUGAGAGAAUGUUAAGUUAGUUAUACAGCUCUAGAUUAUGGUAUACAUAAAUUUAAAAAAAUAAAUGAAUAUCGAUUCUAUGUAAUAUACAAUACGUACAUAAUAUACUA